AUGAACACGAUUAUGGACCGACAAUCGGACACAUCAACAAGCACGCGUAUAUCAGAACCUACAGAGAAACAGGCGAAAAUAAAGGCAGCAUCAGCACCAAUCGUGCCUAUUACUUCGGACGCAGCCCUCAAACAUCAAACCUCUGCCCCUUCGUACUUCCACUCUUUGAAAGAGAACGAUGCACCACCUUUCUUGCUCCCAGGACUUGAACAGUACCCUAUGCUAGUGAUAAGGCACAUAUUCAAUGAAGAAGAUGUUGUAGAAGUGAUAGCGAACGCUGACGCUGAUAAGGAACAUGGACUUAAGAAGUUCUUAGGUCAACUUUUAGUUGAAAAGGAAAUCAUACCUAACUUCGCGUUAUCUGAAAAGAACUUUCUCGUCAGCUUGUUAGCGGAGGUUAUCGACUAUGCAGCGCAACGGGACUUCAACCCAUUCAAACUGUCAGUAAUGCUCACUUUAUAUGUGGACUCCCAUCGGUAUUUUAAGUGGUACUAUUGGCUACCACCCAUUGCCUUAUGGAACUACUUCAAAGAGAUGAUGAUCAGACACACUAUUGAGGAUUCCCCAACCGGCCAAGAAGUAUUUAAACCAGAGGAGUGCUACGACAUUAUCACACAUUUUCACACGGUGUACUUAUCGAAUUUGCCUCUAAUACACAUACUCACGUUCGGCGCAUACCGGCUCAAGUUGGUGUGGCCUUUCCGUGGUAAAUAA